AUGCGUGUUAUGGAACAGCACAGGAUUACAUCGAAAACAAAAAAGUUAUCAAAACUUAUCACGUUCCAGGCUCCUACCGCUUACUAUAUAUCCGAAUUCAUAUCCGAGGAUGAAGAAAAGUCUAUACUGUCAAACAUCUACGCGUCGCCGAAGCCAAAAUGGACGCAGCUUAGUAACAGAAGACUUCAAAACUGGGGCGGAAUUCCGCAUAGCAAGGGCAUGAUCGCGGAGACCAUUCCAACAUGGCUGGAUUCCUGCUUACAGACCAUUCAUAAUUUGAAUGUCAUGGGAGGACACAGGCCUAACCACGUUUUAGUGAAUGAAUAUUUAGCUGGGCAAGGAAUAAUGCCGCAUUUAGAUGGUUCUUUAUUCUACCCAACUAUAACUACUAUUUCUGUUGGUUCUCACACGGUUUUGAAGUUCAUGGAACCCAGUGAAGCUGAAAUGGUGUCUCAACCUGUGUUCUCAUUCCUAUUGGAACCUAGAAGCUUAUUGGUUCUUCAAGACAAGCUUUUCAGCCAUUACUUACAUUGCAUUGAAGAAGUUUAUGAGGAUAGUUUGGAUGAUUCUGUUUUAAAUUUAGGGCUGUGCUCCGAUAAAUAUGUAAAAGGAUCUACAGUCAAAAGGGAGACAAGGAUAUCGCUAACAAUUAGACAUGUGCCUAAAACUAGUGCUUUUAAAAUUAAUAUUGGAAAUAAAAGAUAACAUUUU